AUGGUGGCAAAAAGGUGCCAGGUAGCUUUGCAGCUGGAACAAGUGACUAACCUGAAGCCUAUUCGUCAAGGCUGUGCCAAAGACGUUGAGAACUUUGCUGACGUUCUUGACAUUGCUGUAGCUAACUUAAAGGAAGCUGACAGGAUCGAAGAGCUUGGCAAUGGUUUGUUGUAUGCAACAUUGCUAAAAAAAAUGACAGAACCCAUGAUUGCACAGUUUAACAGGUGGAUUAAGGAAAGGGAUAUGCAGGAGUCUGUCGUGACUCUUAGGGAAUGGGUUCUUCAAGAGGCAGAGUAUCAAACGAUUGCCUCGGAGACCGUCCAUGGUCUUUUGGGAAAAAAGUCUGGGCAAAGUAAAUCAGUAACUCUUGUUAGUAAUACAGCCAGUGGAUGUGUUUGUUUUGGAAACCAACAUGCGCUGUGGGCAUGCAAAGUGUUUAAGGGCCUGAGUGGUGAUGAAAGAUGGAACUUUGCAAAGCAACACAAACUGUGUUUCCGAUGUUUAGGUCAAUUUCACUUGGGCUCACAGUGCAAGUUCAUAAAGCAAUGUGGGAUUGACGGUUGUAAAAGGACUCACAACAGAUUGCUGCAUGACACCACGGUAAAUAGGUCACAACUUAGAAACAAAACAUCUAAGCCUAGCACUGAUGAAGAUUUGAUCCCUGAGGCUUCAGGAAAUGCUUCAUCAGAGUCCUAUUCUCAAUCAGUAACAAAAGAGAGGGCACACACUACAGUACCAGUCCCUGAGACUUCAUUAACAGCACUCAGAACAGUCCCAGUUGUUCUUAGAUAUGGCAAGAGAAGUAUGUGUGUAAAUGCAUUACUUGAUGAUGCAAGCAGCAGGUCAUACAUCAAUGAUGAUGUAGCUGCUGAGUUAGGCUUGCAAGGAACACAACAACAUGUAUCUGUCAGUGUACUAAAUGGGAAAACAGACACCUUUGUAACUAAGCCUGUAGAAUUCGGUGUUGAGAGUUUGGAUGGCAAAGUAAAUAUCCAGAUGUCUGCUCUCACCAUAAACAGGGUUACAGGUGAUUUGAAAGUGAUAGACUGGCAGAAACACAGAAAUAAGUGGAAUCAUCUGCGAGGCAUCAGGUUUCCAACUAUUGCCAGACAUCCAGUGGUCGAUCUUCUGAUUGGCAUAGAUUAUUUACAGUUGCACCAAUCAUACCAAGAUGUUUGUGGCAGACCGGGAGAGCCUAUAGCUCGCAGGACUCCUCUUGGGUGGACGUGUAUUGGCAAUGUAGGUCACGAUGAUGGACAGCCAUCAUAUUGUGCUUUAACAUACUACACACACAGCCCUAAUUCAGAAUUGUCAGACUUGGUGAAAUCCUUUUGGGAUGUUGAGGAGGUUAAGAAUACUUCUCAGAUUAUCAAACCAUGUGACAAGAGAGCCCUUUGCAAAGCAGAGGAAUCCUUGGUAUAUCAUCACGGUAGAUACCAGGUUGGUAUUCCAUGGAAGGAGGAGGCUCCAAGCUUAUCGAACAACUAUGAUAUGGCUUAUCGCAGGCUGGUUAGUACUGAAAAGAAACUGUCAAAAGACCCAACUGUUGCACAAGAUUAUGACAGUACACUUUCUCAGUACUUGGAAAAGGGUUACAUUAACAAGGUAACAGUUGAACAUAAAUCAACUGAUGUUUGGUAUCUUCCACAUUUUCCUGUUAUGCGUCCAGAUAAAUCCACAACGAAAGUGCGCAUUGUUUUCGAUGCUUUGGCAAAGUAUGGAAAUGCAUCAUUAAAUGAUGCAAUAGACCCAGGUCCAAAGCUCCAAACUGAACUCUUUGAUGUUUUGUUGCGAUUUCGAAAAAGUCCUGUAGCAAUCAUCUGUGACAUCGCAGAGAUGUUCCUCCAAGUAGAAAUGGAUCCCAGAGAUAGGCCCUUUCAUAGAUUUCUUUGGCGAUCAAUGUCUCCAGAUGUCCCACCAGACGUAUACGAGUUCAAUCGAUUGGUCUUUGGAAAUACAGCCUCUCCAUUUCUGGCCCAAUUUGUUAGCCAAGAGAACGCAAAGAAGCAUGAAGCAGAAUUGCCUAAAGCUGCUGAAACUGUCAUGAAGUCCACUUACAUGGACGACAGUAUGGACUCAGUUGAAACUGAUGACGAUGGCUUAGAUCUAUACUGCCAGUUAAAGCAACUUUGGUCCAAGGCUUCGAUGCAUCCCAGGAAAUGGCUUUCCAAUUCAUUAAAAGUACUUGCACACAUUCCGCAAAGUGAUCAUGCAUCCAAAAUUGAUAUCAGGGAAGGCAGCCUUCCAUCUGUCAAAGCUCUUGGGCUAAUGUGGGUACCAGAAGACGAUAUCUUCAGAUUUAAAGCAGAGCCAUUACCCACAGCUGAAACAACAAAAAGAGGUUUCCUUAGACAGGUUGCUAGAUUGUUUGAUCCUCAUGGUUUCCUAGGUCCUUUCAUCGUCACAGCAAAGAUAUUGCUGCAGAACCUGUGGUUGACUGGACAUGACUGGGAUGACAAUCUACCAGAGCACCUGCAAGACAAAAUCACUGAAUGGUUAGGUCAAUGGAAAGACAUAGAAACACUAGAAAUUCCAAGAUGUUUGCACACCAGUUCAGGUGCACAAACUACUUGCAUACAUACCUUUGUAGAUGCAUCAGAAGAUGCAUAUGGCACAUCUGUAUUUGCAGUGUAUACUUAUCAAAAUGGUGACAGGUCCAGUUGGUUGGUUGCUGCAAAGAACCGCGUAUCUCCCCUCAAAGCAUGCAGCAUUCCUAGGCUUGAGCUAAUGGCUGCUGUCCUUGGUCUGAGACUUAUCUCGGGCAUUGUGAAAGUCUUGCAAAUAGAAAUGGAUAGUGUUAUCUUCUGGUCUGACAGCAUGAAUGUUCUAUGUUGGAUCAGAAAUAACAGCCGUACUUUCAAACCAUUUGUUGCUAACAGGGAUGAAGAAGAAUGGCCUUUUGAUAAGAGUCUAUCAUUUUAUGAGACAGAUGAUCAGGAAAAGAAAAGCAGAAAGACAAUUGUUGCCUAUACUGUCAUGGCAAACGCUGAUCCCGAGUGGAGACUUGAGCCAACAAGGUUUUCAUGUUGGAAAAAGCUUACUCGCACAUGUGCCUGGGUUAAUAGAUUCCUCUACAACUGCUCGAAUCCAGCAGAUCUCAGAAUGAUUGGGGAACUUAGCCGAGAGGAGCUAAAUGAUGCAGAGAUUAAACUAGUUGCUCAGGCUCAACAAGAAGCAUUCCCUGGGGAAUAUUCAGCCUUGUCAUCUGGCAAGCCAAUGCCAAACAGCUCAAAGCUUCAAGCUUUACAUCCACAAAUUGAUGAAACUGGAGUCAUGAGACUAAGUGGACGCUUGAGAGAUGCAGAAUGCUUACCUUUUGCUGCCCGAUUUCCAAUCAUUCUACCUGGUAGGAACUGGAUAACAAAGUUGGUCAUCAAACAUGCUCACGAAGAAGGCCAUCAUGUAUCUGGAACGAAUCGAACCUUAGCUGUCCUUUCGUCAAAGUACUGGAUUGUCUCUGCAAGAGAAGCUAUUAGAGAAUAG